AUGAGUUCACCAAGUUUGCCAAUUCCACCUCCACGAGCUGCUUACAUACCGAGUAACCAUGCCCGUAGAGCCCAUGACCAGGAGGCUGGGUAUGACGUUGUACACUAUCAAGAUCACAACCGAACCUCGACGACGCCCAACCAAUUGGAGUCUUUCGAGAACUCCUUCCAGCGCUCAUGGCCCCGGAUAUUGAUUUCUUUUGCUACACAUAAUAUCGCGGUAAAUCUCAAUCGAUCUGCAUGGCCUGGGAUCUCUCUAAAACUAGAAAGCCAGUCAAAUGGCCUUCCUCUAGUUGAGAGUUCUCAACAUGCCGACGUUACUGAGCAACAGCAUUCUGCCCUCAAGAACUCGCCCAGCCAACCUAAGAGUCGCGAAGAAAGGGCGCCAUUGACGCCGGCAGCAUCAACGUCAGCUAGGCCUCGUCGCUUCAAGAUUGGAGAAUCAGGAAAGUUUGAACCUUUGGACACAGCCACCUCUACGGCUAGCGAAAAUACUGCCAACACUACAACGAGACCUCUGAAAACAUUUCUGGAUUUGCCUACUCGCCCACCACAUCCAUCUCAUGAUCGCAGAGCGAAAAUAAGCGAUAUCCUCGAACCACUCUCCUCCAAUGCCCCGUUUUUAUUAUUAUGUGAGGGAGGGAAACAGGAUGCCGUCAUCUCGCCGAUGAAAUUGCCGGAUACAGUGGAUUCAAAGAGUCUGUGGGCUACGUUAUCCGGAGUUGCGCGGCAGCGUCCUGCGCGAUGGAAACGAUUGUUUGGCCCUGAGAGACUUGAGCUUGUCAAUAUACGAAUCGUUGGCGAGCAUGCUCAUCAAUCGGAAUCUUUUCGAGGGCAAUUUCACCGCGUCAACAUUGACAAAAGAAUUGAGGAGCUCCAAAAACAGAUCGAAAAGCACCAGUUUUAUAGGACCAGGCCAUUCGACCCUGAGUACGAUGAUGGCGAGGAAUCCGUGUGCUACCAUGAUCUAGAGUCGGACAAGGUCCAGCACGGCUUGGACGUGUGCUAUUGGGCCGACUGCGAUUCGAGGGACCACCGUUGUUGCGAUCUUCAAAGACAAGUGGACAGGUUAAGAGAAGUGUCAAAGCUCACGAUGGCAUCGACAUGGGCCAUGGUCCUGGCGAAUCCAGAGCUGGCUGUGGGAAACGACAUGCUUCACGAUAAAUGGAUAUAUUCUUCAAAAGAUAUUGUACCCCCUCGUCACUCGGCUGUGAUUCGUGGCGUGGCAGACAUUGAGUUCAUCGGCUUCCGCAUCUUAGAUUGGCCGUACAUCAGCUUCAGCACCCCAUUCGGUACAAUUUUGGUCGGGAGUACAGUGGUUUUCAUUCUGUUUGUCAUAGCUGCCCAAGCCAUAUAUCGAGACUGGGGAGUAGCCUAUACGGCAGGUGCCUUUUUUGUGGCAUUGGCUGGGGUAUUGACUACCUGGAUUGGUUGGACAAAAACUAGGUGA